AGAUUGCGUACAGCCUCGCGAAGAACCUGGCUACCUGCAUUGACAGUCACGACGUGCCGCUGCUUCGCGAGCCCGACACGCGGUGCACGCACUAUGGGGCUCUCAAACGUAUACAUUCUCAGCUGUUACAUGAUCUGUCAUGCAAAAUGACCAUGACCCGCCAGACGAUCAAGCUGCUGCGCAUGACAAAUUCUCGAGGUGGGCUAAAAAGCACUACAAUCCGCACCAAACCUGUAAUGCAAGACGCGCAAGGGUCUCCCUCUCACCUCUGCUAGUCUUGCAUUACAAAUUCAUGUAACAGUUGAGAAUGUAACGUUUGAGAACGCCAUACCCACGUCAUGGCCACCUGCGCGACGAGCGGGUACGACACGAAGAAUCUGUACAACUUAUCAGAAUGAAAAAUCCUUUCUCCCCAUAUCAAAACGAAACUGCUGAUGCUGGAUUUGCGUACACAAAUCAGAUUUGUCUUGCUGGCGAGGACCACUGCAGACCCAUACUAAGCCCGAGGAGACAGGUUUUGGCCUUGGCGCUUUGCAUGACAGACGUCUACGCUGUCGGUACAACAGCUGCAUGACAAACCGCCUUUAGAAUUCGGUGGAGCUUCUUGUGGAGUUGCCUUCAUGCAACACAGAGACGAUUUCGAUUUGUGGUCAACACAAAUCAGCAACACAAAUUCUCGAAAACGUGCCUUGUCAAUAUGGGAGGGGGAUUCGGAUUGUUCCUUUUGAUGCAACUACAUUGACCGGUACUACACCAAAGCCGAGUGCCGCUACUUGUGCGCCGCGACGGAGAAGUGCACGCAGUUUGUGCACGGCUACCAGCCGAAUACGGGGUCGGCCCCCACCAGCCUGAACGUCGGGGACAAGCGAGGGCACUAUCCUGAGUAAAAACGUACCCACACCAGAGUCAGGAUGAGGAUUUUGCAACACAAACCUAGGAGUUUUGUGAGUCACGCAUGACAAGUUGGACUAUGCAGUGUAGUGCAGGUUAGCAAGUGCAGCCGCGUCACAGCUUCAUCUGCUCAUCCUGUUCACAGCAUCACAAAUCCCAAAACAGGAUUGGAAAUGGCUCUCAUGGGGAUGCGCAUUACAAGUCUUCCUGUCUUUGCAAAUCUGCAUUACAACUCUGGUGUGGGUAUGUUUUUACUCACGAUAGCCACUGCUACCUGUUCAAAGACACGUGCACCCCGGACAACGCCUCGUCCGCAACGCAGAUAUGACAGUGCACAACUCCCCCGCGUUCUCAUUUCUCAUGCAAAAUCCCGAAUCCAGUUGCUCCCUUUCGUCACUAUUAUGAAUGACAAAUUUUUCCGGAAGCCCAAACAGUACUACACGCGGCCGCGCGUGAACUUGUCAUACACAGGCUCCACGUGUGCUCGUGUUUGUAAUUGUAUUGUUGUGUAUGCCAUACCGAUCAUGAAGGCGAGGGGGAGGCUGUGCACUGUCAUAGCAAAAGGGAUACAAUUUGAAUGCCUGCCCGGUGCAGGGCAAGGUUUGCCCGGCCGUGUUCGGGGGUGGAUGCUUGUCGAACAAUUUGUACCGCAGCCACAGCGUGACUCGCGUGGAGCAAGCGUCCGGCAUGGUGGACACCCCCCAUUCCGACUACGACGUUCAAGCCAGGUUCCGGGGGUACCACCGGAUGGUUGGCGCGAUCUUCCAUAACCACGGCGGCGGGUUAUGGACCUCGUUCUACCAAUACGGGUGUAUGGAGACGCAGGACCAGUACUCGGGGUUUCGGCUGUUUCACCUCCAGCAAAACGACGUGAUGUGCAAGCAGGCGG